GACCCAGUGAGAACUCAGAUAUCCCGGGGGAAGGGGCCAAGUGAGAACUCAGAUACCCCGGGGAGGGGAUCAGUGAGGACUCAGACACCCCGGGGAGGGGAUCAGUGAGGACUCAGAUACCCCGGGGAGGGGAUCAGUGAGAACUCAGACACUCUGAGGGAGGGGUAAAGAGUUGUCAUUGACAGAGCUGCCUAAGUCCCUUCUAAGCAGAUCAUGCCCAGAGAGCAGACAGACAACACCAUGGCCAGAUGCCCACACUGUAGGCUAACAACAUGUGUACUCUAAAUGAUGUCACGUUAUCCUGCCCACUAUUUUCAGCAUUGCGUGUUCAAAAUACUUAAACCAAUAACUUUUUGCUUAAAGCGCCAUUUUGAAACCUAGGUAUUGUAAACGGAUUGGUACAGAGCAAAGGAUACCCACGGAGUGGGUUUGGAAAACAAUUAAAUUUGCAGACAAGAUUUCUGAUAUACGGUAGAGAUAUGUUAAUGAAAUGCUAUUGAUAAAAAGCGUAUUUGGGGUAGUUAGUUAGUAACAGGCAUAGAAAAUAUUUACUUACAGUGGCCCUUUAAAUUUAAAGGAUCUCUACAAAUAUCUACAUAGAUUGUAUCAAGCGCGAGGACAUAUAUUAUUAUAAUGCGGUUAAAAUAUUAACAAAACAUCAUUGUUACAAAUGUAACAGUACUAAACUAAAGAUGUACACAUAUACAAAAGAUCUUAAAGAGAUAUUAGAGCAUUACAUACAUCUCUAAAUCAAUAUUGUCUGAUUAUGUAGAACAUAUUACAUUGUAUUAUCAGAUGGAUUUCUGACAAGCCAACAAUAACUCCAUAGAUAUAUAUUUCCAGCACAUUUACCUACAGAAUUUAUAACAUAAUCUUAAGGAGUACUAAACAUAUAUUAUAGUUGAUUAACAAACCAAAAAACAAAUCUCGUUAUCAGAAAGAAAAAAAAAUAAGCAAAUAUAAGUGGGCAUGAAGAAGGGGAUAUAUACUGUUUAUAAAUGUCAGGAAUUUAUAGGACACAUUUAAAUAAUGCACCCAACAUUCUAUUGUCAUCAAAUCCCAAUUUAACAAUGUAUUUCAUAAGACAGAAUUAUGUAAAUAUAAUCUAAAAUAGGGUUUUUAAACACGUUUACAACAAUAGUAACUAAUUGCUAGAAUCUGUGAGUACGGGGAAACCCGAUACGCAUCCUGUGGCUUGGGAUGUGUGCUGCUCCCUGUUUGUUUUAAUCUUACUGUAUGUUGUAAUGCCUAUGCUGGUAAAAAAAAAUUCUGUUUUGGUUUUUAUUUUUGAAUGAAUAAAUCUACUUGGUUUUUACGGAGCCGUUCUAGCGUCACUUCUUUGGAACAUUGCACUUUUUGGACCUGGCUACUGGGCUCGUAUUAACUGAUCAAGACACUUAUUCUAAACUGGAAGUAUUACCUGCCCGGCAGGCUGCUGGUGAUCUAUCUCUGGGACUGUUUGGCGGAGUACGAAAAACACAGGUAGUGUUAUCCUCACGGAGGUUGUGUGGCCUUGCACCUGUUCACCAGGAAAGGACUCUUGGCAGUGGAUGUCUGCUUGCCCGGCGGAUCGAGUAAAACACUGUGAGAGUGUUAUCCCUAAUUAGGGUUUUGUGGCGGGGAUUCUCUGCUUUUGGAUUUUACCAUAACGUCAGAAGCUCAUGAGGUGGGCGUCACAGUGCAGAUAAAUAGAGGAUAAUAAUCAGCUUGGAUGACAUUAAUGCUAUUAUAACCACCAGCAGCUGCACAUGAUAUUUGUGAAACCGAAGCUUCAGGACUGUGUGACUGGUGCUGAGGGAACAGUGUGACUGGAGCUACAGGACAGGAAAAUCAGAACCUUGUGAUAUAUGUAGCAGUGUAACUGAGGACCUUGGCAGAUGGCUGACUUCAUUGCUGGUGCUUUAGGAGGUGCGUGUGGGGUAAUGGUUGGAUACCCUUUGGAUACAGUGAAAGUACGAAUUCAGACUCAGAGGAACUACAAUGGUAUUUGGCAUUGCAUAUAUUCAACCUACAAAGUGGAAAGGCUAUCCGGAUUUUUCAAAGGAAUGUCAGUGCCUAUAUCAACAGUAUCUGUCAGCUCAUCUAUUGUUUUUGGCAUGUACAGAAAUUGCCUCUACAACUUAUGCAAGUUAAAAUAUGGAACAACAAAAGUAAAACCAUCAAAGUUUGAUAUUUUCCUCUCGGGGUACGCAGCUGGUGCAGCGCAGGCCUUAGUAUCAUCUCCUGCUGACAUGGCCAAAGUCCGUCUUCAAACCCAAACAAAAGCACACAGUUCUAUAUCAUGUUCUUUGGUGGCCAGGCCAAAGUACUCAGGUCCUAUCCACUGCCUGAUGACAAUUGUUAAAGAGGAAGGAUUUCUUGGACUAUACAGGGGCUUGUGUGCUUUAAUGUUCAGAGACUGCCACUCGUUUGCAACAUAUUUCUUAUCAUACGCUGUUCUUCGGGAAUGGUUUGUGCCAGAGGAACCAAGUAAGUCAGAUGUAGUGGGUGUUCUGCUUGCGGGUGGGUUUGCCGGAGUCGUGGCCUGGAGUAUUGCUACACCUAUGGAUGUGAUCAAAUCUCGGCUUCAGGUGGAUGGAGUGACCCAGAGGAAGUACAGGGGGAUCAUUCACUGUGUUACAAAGAGUGUGCAGCAGGAAGGGGUUCAGGUUUUAUUUAAAGGACUCUCACUGAAUUGUCUCCGCGCCUUUCCUGUCAACAUGGUUGUAUUUCUUACAUAUGAAGCAAUCCUGAAACAACUCAAACCUUUUGUUGUGUAAAUAGGUAAUAAGAUCAUACACUGGUACACAUAGCUCUUUUAUUAAAGAGACAUGAAACCCAAAGUUUUUCUUUCAUGACUCAGAGAAUACAAUUUUAAACAUUACAAUUUACUUCUGUUAUUUAAUUUGCUUCAUUCUACAGAUAUCCUUUGUUGAAGAAAUAGCAAUUCAUAUAGGCGAGCCAAUCACACAAGGCAUCUAUGUGCAACCACCAAUCAGCAGCUACUGAGCCUAUUUAGAUAUACUUUCCAAUUAAGGACAUCAAGAGAAUGAAGCAAAUUAGAUAAUAGAAGUACAUUGGAACAAAUUUGUUUUGGCUUUCAUGUCCCUUUAACAUCUUGGAUAUUCAGGGCUUCCAACUCAACCAUGUUUCCCUGAACAAAUGUGAGUUACACCAGCUGCAGGGAAUAAAAACAAUACUGCUGUUAUUUAUGUUGCUCCUUACACACCCUGCAGCUGGUGUAAAAUAUAACUAUCUAGGAAAACAUUGCCAAGGUGGCAGGCGUACGAAUAUCUGUUCCAGAGCUAAGGUUUGUUGGGUGAAGGACAAGUCCCUGUUUAAUAAACUGUAAAACUGCCUAAACAAUCCUCUUGUAAUAGUGUAAAGUGGACUCAUGGGCCUGAGUGAUUUGACCAUAUUAAGAGGAGAUCCUGCUAUUUUUUAUCUAGUUCCUAUAACAAUGGUUCACUGUUCAAUAUUACAAUUGUAUUUGAGGAUUGGAAUUUUUUUUUCUUUUUUAGUAGGUUCCGAAUACAAAGAUAUCUUCAGUCUAUUAAUACUUUGUAUAUACGGUUGUUACUUUUUAUAUCUGCUCUGCUAACUGGCAUCAACAAUUAUACAGCAUAACUCAGAAACUAAUGCUGGGGGGGGGGGGGGGGGGGGGGCUAGUUUUAAGUAACUGUUUAUAAUUAGAUUCCAACAAACUUAGAUGUUGUACCACAGCAGGUCUCUAUUUCUAAAUGUAUUAUUUAUGAUGUACAUUGACCUGAACCCCAAAAACAUCAGCCAUGACGGUAAAUUAUGGGCUAGGUGCCAAGGCUUUUAAAAUAUGGCCUAGGUAGCAAACUUAUUUGUAUUUCAUUUUUUUAAUUGACCUAUUUUAAGACAUUUGAGUUGAAAGCAUCUAUUUUAAAGGGAUAGGAAGGUCAAAACCAUUUGUGCAAUAUACUUCUAGUAAUAGUUAUUACUGCUUUUAAGUGGCAUAUUCAGAAAGUCAGCAGUGGCUUGUAUGACACAAAAUAAAGGACCAUUAAAUACAGUAGAAAUACAUAAUAAAAAGAUAAUGCAAUAGAACUUAAACUUUAAAUGAGCAGUAAUUUGUUUCUGACAAAUUUCAAAAUGUACUUAAAUUUGCCAGCCCACUGUGUCAUGUGACAGCCUUCAGCCAAUAGCUGACUCACAUACAUAUACACUGGGAACUCUUGCAGAUGCUCAGUAGUAGCUGUUGUACAUAUAAAAGGACUGUGCAUGCAUUUAUGGGCUCAAGAUUAGAGAAGUUUAUUGGUUGCUAUCAACAUAGCCAAUUUUUAUAUAGUUCAUAAUUGAUGAAAUGAAAAUUUGUAUUGUUAAAAGCUAAGAAAUAAUAAUAAAAAAAUUACUGUGCACACGUUGAUAAUAAACUUGAAAUUCUCUUAAAGCGGCAUGCUCUAAAUGAAUCAUGAAAGUUUAAAUAACAAUUUUGACAUGUGUCUUCAAUGACACAAUACACACCACUAUCAGCUCUAUGAGCAGGCAUGAUGUUUUAGUCUUGAUCCUUUAGUCACAUGUAGCAUAUGCACAUAUGCCACUGAACCAGUAAUAACUGCUAUUAGAAGCAUUUUUGAUAAUGGAAAUAUAUUGCAAAGCUGCUUCUAUUUAGCCGCUUGGGUAAUGUCUGUUUUACCCAGGUAAUCCUAGGAUUACCCAAUAUCUGACUUUACCCGCAACAAAUAUAUAUAGACACGAGAACGGUCCAGCUCCCUCUCCAAUGCAUUCACACUGCUGUCUAGUGCAGGGCAUAUCGUCCCUUGAUUAACCUUCAAGUUUAUUGAAGGGUUAAAAUUGUCCUUCAAUUGUCAUCAAUGAGAUGUGCUAUUACUACAUGCCUCACUACAAGAGGUAUUUGGCAAUAGUGCAGUCUUGUCGCUGUCGGUAAAAGUCGUGCUAUUUAACACCUUAGUGUGAAAAAGACAGCUGACAUAGAGGGUAGGUCGGCAGUUGUUAAAUGGACAUUAAAGGGACAGUCUACUCCAGAAGUUUUAUUGCUAAAAAAAGAUACAUAACCCCUUUAUUACCCAUUCCCCAGUUUUGCAUAACCAACACGGUUAUAUUAAUAUACUAUUUACCUCUUUGCUUACCUUCUAUCUAAGCCCCUGCAGACUGCCCCCUUAUUUUAGUUCUUUUGACAGAUUUGCAUUUUAGCCAAUCAGUGCCCUCUCAUAAGUAACUCCACGGGCAUGAACACAAUGUUAUCUAUAUGGUACACAUGAACUAACGCCCUCUAGCUGUGAAAAACUGUCAAAUGCACUGAGAAAAGAGGCAGCCUUCAAGGGCCUCAGAAAUGAUCAUAGAAGCCUACCUAGGUUUAUCUUUUAACUAAGAAUACAGAGAACAAAGCAAAUGUGAUGAUAAAAUCGAAUAGGAAAUUUGUUACUAUCUGAAUCAUGGAAGUUCAGACUGUCCCUUUAACAACUGGCUUCUGUAAUUGGUUAAAAUAAAAGAACAGCUUUAAAGAGAGCUACAGGUACAGGAGAACACAGUAGUAUAGUGACUAGUAACCUUGCUACUGUACUUUUACCCAGCUAUUUAAUGUCCCUUUAAAUAGUAGGCUCAGGAGGAGCACUGCAUUACUGAGAGCUAGUUGAACACAUCCUGUGAGUCAAUGGCAAGAGGAAUAUAUGUACAUGCACCAAUGAGCAGUUGGUUACCAGUAGUGCACUGCUGCUCGUGAGUCUACCUAGCUAUACUCUUUAAAGGGACAGUCAACUCUAAAAUGUUUAUUGUUUAAAAAGAUAGAUAAUGCCUUUACUACCCAUUCCCCAGCUUUGCACAAAUAACAUUGUUAUAUUAACCCUUUCAUGCCGGGGUUAACAUGUCUACAUCGGAACAACUGUUCCGAUGUAAACAAUUUGAAAUCUCGCGAUCGUGCAUGUGAUCACGAGCUUUCAAUGAUGGGAUCGCGUCAGGGGGGCGUCCCUAUGAUGCUAGGCACACCCUCCAGACCGCGAUCCCAUUAGGGAAGCGCCAGUGGCUUCAGGAAAGCCAAGCUGUUAGGACAUUGUAUUCCGUCCAUCAGCGCUAAAGCCCAGCAAAAUUAAAACAGAAUACAACAUCGUGACCCUACCAAGGCACUACACAGGAUGCUGAUGCAAGGUUAGAACACCAGAACGACAGACCCCCAAAGGAAGUCCAGAACACAUUCCCGCACAGAAAAACAAAGGCCCCGAGUAGCCAUAAGAAGGGGACCAGACACUCCAAAGAGAGAAAAGGAAGAACCCUUUCCAAACGCAACCCGAACCCCAGAGGGAAAAAAACUGGGACAAGCAUAGACAGAACUAUACUAACACCACCCGGAACCCCAGCCCAAUCCCAGAUCCACAAAUUCAGGUCAGACACUUCUUACAUGAGGAAAGAACCCCAAAAAGAACCGAUCUCAAGGCGAUAGAACCCACAACACAGAACAAACUCAGCAAAAUUCAGAAACUAGGGUCCCACAUUGGCUCCCGACCCCAAGAGGGUGGAAAAAUUCUGGAAAAAAACAGAACCAGAACCGAAACGAACAAGGCGACCCCAAUAAAAUCGGGUUCCAGCUAGAAGAGACCUCCAGCAGCGAAAAAGGCGAAAAAGGCGAACCAGGCCCCCACGUGGUAAGUCACAGGCUAGCCACCCACACAGCACCGCUGCCAGAUCACAGAGAAUGCAGGCAUGAUCCCACUAUUUCUCGCAUACCAUCAAGUGCUCCACCGCUAAUCCACGAAGAUCCAUUAAAGCGGAACGAAACGAGGUCCAGAGACCCUAGGAGUCUAAAACCACCCAAAGGGUAGCAAGAAGAUUAAGGCCCAAAAACUACCCUAGCGGAGAAGGCCCCGCCCCCUGAAAGGAGAACCAAAGCGAUGUGGCGGAAGCCACUGACCCAGCCCCGGGAAGAGAGUGGCAUGUCUAAUCUCUCCCGGUAUGCGUACCCAAAGGCCCUGAUGUAGAUGUAUAUAGUAGUUUCUGAAAACAAAACAAUAAAACAAAAAAAAAAAGGUCCCGCCAAACCCACCAGGCGUCACUGACAACACAACAAAGUGCACACAAAUUCCGGACCUAACAGUCCGCGAACAACUUCCAAGGAAGUAACAAAAAGCAAGUCCAUCGCAGAAAUUCCCGAGGGAAUAAAUCAAAUAAAAAAAUAUCCUAACCGGAUGAAAGAAAAGAAGGCAGCCCGAAGGCAUCCGCCAAAAAAAACUCUGGGAAAGGACACGAGCGACCGACAGGAGACGAUCAACAUCCCAAAUAGUCUAGCUCAAAGCACCAUUCGAUGACACAUUCCCCGACUGAUAGAGGAGAGGAUCCCCCAAUAAGUCGAAAAGACGACGGAAUAGAACAUGCAGCCACGCGAUCCCAUAACUAAAGGUCUAUUAAUAUAUUUAAACGGAAAGGACCCGCCAUCUCCAGGUGAAACAAACCAACACUUCUCUGCCAACCUCCUUGGACGAAAGUGGGAGGAGUAUUUAAGCCUUUGGCUGGUGUGUCUUUGCCUCUUCCUGGUGGCCAGGUUCUUAUUUCCCACAAGUAAUGAAUGCGGCUGUGGACUCUUUCCCAUUAGAAAGAAAAGGUAUACUAAUAUAACCGUGUUGGUUAUGCAAAACUGGGGAAUGGAUAAUAUAGGGAUUGUCUAUCUUUUUUAAACAUUAACAAUUCUGGGGUAGACUGUCCCUUUAAAAAAAGCUUACCAAGUGAAUGAAGCAAAGUACAUAAUAGAAGUAAAUUAGAAAGUUGUUUAAAAUUGAAUGUUCUCUAUCUCAAUCAUGAAAUGUUUAUUUUGACUUGACUGUCCCUUUACACUGCAGUUAUAUUAAAUAACUGUGUGUUAAAAACAGACAGGGAAUUAAAUCACUGUUCUGUGUAUUUUCAGAUUAGAAAAAAAUAACUGCUCUGAAAGUGUUUCUGACAAAGAAAAUGUGUUAAACAGUGUACCAUCUGUGUUCUUUGUGUGUCCCUGGCAGAGUGCAGAAUUAACCACUACUCUGUAAGUAGGUGGCAGGAAAGAGUUAAACAGACAUUGUAAUGCUAUUCUAUCAAGAAUUUGACAGAACAGCUAUUAAACAUUAAACAUCUUUAAUUCUGACAUGAAACUGUCAGGAACUGCAGAGGAUACCUGGUUAUGUUUGCUCACUAUCUGCAGCACAAGAAUAUACAUUUUUCAAAAAUAUAUAAUACAUUUUGAAGUACUAAUUUUUGAGUAUCACAUCCCUUUAAUAACUAAAUAAAUAAUGCAAAUACUAUACAACUUGCUGGUGAGGUGGCUCAGAUUACCGUGUGUAUAAGGCAGCACAAAACUUCAAUAUAACUGGUUGGAAGAUAUAUAAAAGUAUUUUUAUUCAGCAUUACAACUAAUAUUUUAUACACAACAAAAUAAAAAGUAGCUUUCAGUGACUGCAUAAGAAUAUUGGCAGGGUACCUCUUAUUCCUGGUGUUUUUACAGACAGGCUGUACCAGGCAGUUACAUCCAUUCUAUUUAUUCCACAUUACAUGUUUAGAAAAAGUAUUUGUGCCUGUAAUGUUCUUUAGUCAAGGACAACACAACAGACGUUCAGAGCAAAAAAUGUCUCAGGGAAUAGAAAUGCUCUGAAUGCACUUUAAAACGACUAAAUCACAUAUAAUGUGCAAUAACCUUUUUCCAUUCUGUUUCUACUGUAAACUAAUUGUAAAUACUUAAAGGACCACUAGAUUACAGUAGAACUGAACAACUGACAACUACACAAGAACAAGACAAUGCACUUGAAUUUGAAAUAGAUUAUUUUCUGGCAAAUUUUAAAGUGAAUCCAUUUCCUCAUCCCUUGUGUCAUGUGACAGCCAUCAGCCAAUCAUACAUAUAUACUGUACACUUUUGCACAUGCUCAGUAGGAGCUGGAGCCUUAGAAAUUGUGUAUAUAAAAAGAUUGUGCACGUUUUGAUAGUGGAAGUAUAUUGUUAAGUUGGUUUAAAUUGCAUGCUUUAUCUGAAUCAUGAAACUUUCAUUUUGAUUUUAGUGGCCCUUUAAUAUUCCAUGUAAUUUAGCACUUUAGAUAAUGUAUAUGUAACUUCAGAAGGGCAUUGUAGCCCAUUUUCUUAAUGCACUGAGCAAUAUGUUAAGAAAAAAAAUGAUUAUUUGAAAUCAUUUAUCCUUGUUUCACAAUAUGUCACUGGUUUAUAACAAAACAACAUGUUUUUGUGAAAUAAAAUUGCCAUACUAAA